AUGAGCAGUGUUAAGAGUGAUUUUGGUACCCAGUUGUACCAGAGGAUCAACGAUGCGUUGGAUGUUUCGUUCAUGGCGUCUAAAGAUGCCCCUGUAGCCGUCAUAACAAAGAAACCAGACAUUUUCGACUGGAUAUCUGAUGGGAAGUUGGCGUUGGCUCUUCCUGUGGUUGUUUACUGGGCAUAUUCGAUGUUCUUCCAUGUGAUCGAUACAUUUGAGUUGUGCGAGAAGUACCGUAUCCACCCAAGCGAGGAGGUGCAGAAGAGAAAUCAAGCUUCUAGAACCGAGGUUCUUAGGGAGGUGCUUUUCCAGCACUUGAUCCAAACUGUUGUGGGUCUCACCAUGCUACACUUCGAUCCCGUGCCGACUACCGGGUUUGAAUUGCUCGAAAUGUGGAAAUGGAGACAGACAUUACCUUCUUUUGUACCUUCUUUACUCAUCAAGUUUGUCUACUGCUAUGGAUUUUCGAUUUUGAAGAUCUUUACUGGCUUUUGUAUCGUGGACUCUUGGCAAUACUGGUUACACAGAUUGAUGCACGAGAACAAGGAGCUCUACAAGAGAUUCCACUCACGUCAUCACAGACUUUAUGUCCCAUACGCCUACGGAGCUUUGUACAACUCUCCUGUUGAAGGGUUCCUAUUGGACACCCUUGGAACAGGUAUCGCUGCUCUUGUGACAAAACUUACUCACACGGAACAAGUAGUAUUGUACACUUUUGCUACCUUGAAGACAGUAGAUGACCAUUGUGGCUACGCUUUACGUUUGGAUCCAUUCCAAUGGCUAUUCCCAAACAAUGCUGUCUACCACGAUAUCCACCACCAAUCGUUUGGUAUCAAGUCAAACUUUUCUCAACCAUUCUUUACACUAUGGGACACUGUGUGUCGUACUAAGUUCCACGGAUUUGAAGAGUACGAACAAAAGCAAAGACGUGUCACCAUUGACAAGUACAAGGAGUUCUUGGAAAAGAGAAAAAUCGAAAACGAAGAGAGACUAAAGAACUUGAAGAAAAAGAUGUCAUGA